AUGAGCGGAGAGGGCAGAAACAUUCCGAGGCCACUGUCCCCUCGAACGAUAUGUAGCGAGGCCAAUAACGCUCCGGACCAAAUACUCGCGCUAGGAGCUCGAUAUCACAACCCAACCAGCCAAGCAACAGUAGCAAAUGCACCUACAGAUCUCACAAAGGUUGUAGGCCAGGAUGAAUCACACCACAAACUUAUCUCAGAGUACGAGCAGAGCAUCGCGCUAGCAGGUGCUCUCUACUUGGGCAGCGCUCCCGACGCCGGCGAAUCCUCUUCCGUGACCGACAAGCUACACCGCCAAGUCGCGAACGCGCAGGCUGCGAACGAGUCGAAAAUCGAGAGCCUCAACGCUGCCCUGACGGUGCUACAAAGCGAGCAGUAG